GUGGAGUGUUGGGUGUGAAGUGUUAUCGGGACGAGCAGGUCGGAGACAGGGAGGGUAACCUGUAUUACUGCGAUCAACCAGACAAGCCAGAGUGUUGUGAAGAAAACCAAGAAUUUACCUGCUGCCAGACGCAGUCCAGUAAAACAAUGAAAGAACAGUUUAUCCUGUGGGGUGCGGUCCUCGCUGCGGUCAUACUCAUUUCUGUACUGCUGUGCUGGUUGUGUAAGGACUGUAAUUGUUGCGCCUCGGAUAGAAGCGUCAAGGACCGGUGUUGCUGUACCAAAAGUGAGGAUUCUGACAAAGACCCACUGGACGAUGAGGAGUAUAUAAGGAAAAGCCAACCUUAUCAGAUUUCACCUUUCACAAGGACACUCCCACCCGACGAAGAACUCAAAAUCCACCCUGGAUCUUCCUCUAGAAGUAUGAGGCAGAAUUAUUAAUGCCGGAGAAAGAGCGAUGUACUAUUUAUCCUCUUUUGAUAUGAACACUGUCUAAUAAUCGCAAUGACGAAGGACCUCUAGAAAUUUUAGAGAUUUGUAAGGGUCAUUUUUAUAAGAUUGAUAACUACGUCUAACUAAAUACUCAGGUCGUAAGCAAACAAUUUAAAAUAUUAUUUUUGAAAAUGCCCUAAAAUUUAUUAUUGUUUC